UUUUUUCCAUAUUUUUGUUUUUUUUUUGGUGGAUGAAUUUGAAAAUUUCAAAACCGACUCGGACGGAUUUGAUCAAUCAAGAUACUCAUCGCUCAUCGGAUUAUAAAAAGAUAAGAGAGAUACAUACAUACACAGUAAGGUCGGUUAAAACUUGUGAUUAAGUAACGAACAAGCCAAAAUCCUUCCUUUUCUUUCCUUCUUCUUCUAUUAAGACUUCGAACACAACAACAAACCCUAACCAACCAAAACCAACCAACCUUUGCUCCGUCGUCGUCUCAAAAAUUCACCCGGCGAAGAUGAAGAGAAUUGUUCGAAUUUCAUUCACAGACAUGGAAGCAACCGAUUCUUCAAGCAGCGAAGACGAAUCAUCAUCAUCGGAUCCUCCAUCAUCGCGUCGUCGAGGCAAGAAGCUAGUCAAGGAGAUCGUCCUCGAUUCUUCCGAUCCCCAGGCCGAGGUCAGGAAAACUCGGUUCAAAAUCAGGAUUCCGGCGAGGUAUCUUGCCGCGACUAAGACGACGGAGACUAAGAAGAAGAAGUACCGCGGCGUGAGGCAGAGACCUUGGGGAAAGUGGGCGGCUGAGAUUAGAUGUGAUAGUAGGAAAGCUAACGGCGGUGGCGGUGGUGGUAAAGGAGGAGGAGGACCUCAACGUAUAUGGUUAGGGACUUUUGAAACAGCGGAGGAAGCUGCUCUUGCUUAUGAUAACGCUGCGAUUCAGCUUCUUGGUCCUGAUGCGCCUACUAAUUUUGGCCGUCCUGAUGCUGCCGUGAUGAAGCUUCAAGAUUCCGAUGCUGCCUCCUCCGCUAAGACGCCUUCCGUGGUUUAACUUUGUAAA